UGAACGAUAAGAUAAAUAGAAUUUGGUUAUGCAAGAAAUUUAAGUUUUAGAGAAAAAGCAUUUCAUAGCACAAGAAUCUCGAAAGCUUCGAGGGUAAUAUACAUUGGUUUACUUCGAACUGUAAUUACUGGACAAGGAUGUCAAGAUUCCAAAUAAUCAGAGGAGUUCCUUUCCCAAAAGUUGCCUGGUUUACAAAAGAUAACAUCGAAGGAACGUUAGAUUACGUUCCAAAGGAUGACGACAUCAUUAUUGCAUCUUACCCUAAGACCGGAACUUUUUGGCUUCAGUACAUAUUGAUACAGAUCACUUCCAGAGGAGAAUCUUUCCCAUCUUUCCAGGAUGUUCAUGCAAAAACAUUCAUGGAAAUGGUGGGACCUGACGUCAUCGACAGUUUGGAAGGCGUGAGAAUGUACAAGCAUCAUUAUCGGUACGACAUGGUGAAAAAGAACCCGAAAUCCAAGGUCCUCUACAUCUACAGAAAUCCUGAAGACAUUUUUGUGAGUUUCAUCCACUUCAUGGAAAAUGUGCGUGAGGAAAAAUUGAAUUUUGAAGAAUGUUUCGAAGGAUUCCUUUCAGACAUCCAUCGAAGAAACAUGCCUGAGAACCAGAUUAUCAGGGGACUACCAUUCCCGAAAGCACCUUGGUUUUCAGCUAAAAACAUUGAAGAUACUUUAGAUUAUGUCCCUCAUGAUGGAGACAUCAUUAUCGCAUCCUACCCCAAGACCGGAACUACUUGGCUCCAAUACAUAGUUUUCCAAAUUACCUCUAAGGGAGAGUUAUUCCCCAGUUUUAACGACUGCUUAUACAAAUAUGCGCCGUAUUUGGAAAUGGCGGGAACAGCUGUUCUAGAAAAGUUAGAAAAGCCAAGAGUUUACAAACAUCAUUGCCCUUACAAUAUGGUGCAGAAAAAUGAAAAAGCUAAAUGUAUCUACAUCUAUCGCAAACCGGAAGACACUUUUAUAUCUUACUAUCAUUUCAUGCUUAAUUUAAGGGAGGAGAACGUUGAACUAGAUGAAUUCUUCGAAGAUUUCAUGUCUGGAAAUAUAGCAUAUGGUCAUUAUUUCGACCAUGUGCUGUCUUUCCUUGCUCAUAAAGAAGAUGAAAAUUUACUGCUUGUAUCAUACGAAAAACUUAUGCGUAAUAAGCGAGAUGAGAUCCUGAGAAUAGCGAAAUAUCUUGGUGAAGAUUACUUUCAAACACUGUCUGAAAAUGAUUCAAUAAUGGAUAUAGUUCUAGAACGAACGACAUUUGAUUACAUGAAAAAGAAUCUUACUUUAACACAGCCAGAUGAACAGGGACAAGAGAGAAAAGUGGAAUUUUUUAGAAAAGGAACCAUUGGAGAUGGAAAGCAAUCACUGAAACCAGAUCAGCUGAAACGCCUCAAAGAUUUAGCAAUGAAAAGACUGGAGGGGACCGAUUUGCUCAAAGAAUGGUUUGAUGAGUGAAAACUACAUUUAAGGAAAACUUUCGAAAAGAAUUUUAUUGCUGUUGAAGAUCAACAACGCAGCAUUUUAUUCAAUAAAACUUCAUGAAAAAGCAUCAAUUUAUUUUCUCACAAAAUCUCUCUAUCAGCUAGACAAAUAGGGAUCAUCUC